AUACAUAGAUAUCGAAGUUAUACAAUCUUCUUGACGUCACAGAAUAUUUUUUGCCUUCAUAUCUGUAUUAUUAUCGCUUUCAGUUCAUCGCUACUGCAAUGUGUAAAUCGUUUUAUUUAUUCAAGAAUUUUAAGUACAAAGAAAUCGACACAUUUUCCGUCUAUAAUUUUUUUACAACGGCACUAAACAGGUACUAAAACACCAUAAAAACAAGCGUUUUGUUUUAACUAUUAAUAAUCAAGAACAAUUGUUUCUUUUUAUUAAUAUAAACACGUGAUAUCGAUGGUAUGUUAGCGGCGGCGUUAUUACUUAAGCUGUGAGUAUAAAGGAUUCAAUUAAACUAAGUUUGAUUUCAGUUUCGAAUUAAAGAGCAACCUAGUCAGUUUAAAUAUUUCUUUUUUUUUAGUUAAUAAAUGUUUUAAAUAAUUCAUGAUGGCUUCUUUAAGUGAAAAAUUUUCGAAAAAUAACAUUUUAGCAAAAUGGGAAAAGAAUUCCGAUAUUUUAGUAUUGACUUUUUUGGCUUUGUGUUGUUGGGCCAUUGGAUAUUCUUUAUUUGGCGAAGUUUUUGGAGUUCAAAGUCAAAUUUUCCAGUUAGCUAUAUUAUUCAUAACUGCAAAAAUAACUGGAUGGCUAACAAGUUUAAUAAAACUUCCUCCUAUGGUUGGAAUGCUACUGAUGGGAGUUCUUUUAAGAAACGUUGGUUUUUUACAAAUCGAAGGUAAUUACAGAAAAUUCACAGCAAUUCUUCGUCAACUCGCCCUUGUGAAUAUAAUGUUACCGGCUGGAUUAGGUUUAGAUCCAAAAGCCUUAAAGAAAAUGUCUUGGAUGGUUCUAAACUUAGCCUUCGUUCCUGUUGCUGUUGAAGUGGCUGGAGUAGCCGUCGCGGCUUACUUCUUAUUAGAUUUUCCGUGGUUAUGGGGAAUCCUUCUUGGGUUACUUUUGGCUGCCGUUUCACCAGCCGUCAUAAUCCCUUGUCUUUUUCAACUACAAGAUAUGGGUUAUGGAAUUAAUAAAGGCAUCCAUACUUUAGUCAUUGCGGCAUCAACUUUAAACGACAUCAUUUGUAUUGCAUUUUUUGGAAUUGUCAUUGGAAUAAUUUUUAGUACCGGUUCUUUAACCAUGCAAAUUUUACAAGGACCUAUUGCAAUUGCAAUGGGUGUAAGUUAUGGAAUUGCCUGGGGGUUAUUAUGUCAAUACAUUCCAAGUAUAAAAGAGAAAUAUCUAGUAACGUUAAGAACGUUACUGUUGGGUUUGGGUUGUGUUGUUUGUGCGUUAGGAAGUGACGCUUUGGGUUAUGGAGGUGCUGGGGCUUUGGGUUGUAUUAUAGCUGCUUUUGUGGCUAGUAUUGGAUGGAGAAAGCAAGGAUGGGACAACCAGUAGAUUUAAACAAAUUAAGAACUAAAAACUAUGAGAAGUUUAGUGUAUAACACUCAAAUUCCUCAACGAGGAGUAUCACUUACAAUGGAGAGUUUUAUGGCAAUUGAUUAUCACUUGAAAAGGCCUAUACUAAGUUACGGACGGAUCUUUCGCUUGAAGUGUUGAGUGAGUGUUUUGCAAGUCUAGUAUACGAGAUUGACCUGGUUGCUCUCCAUUUUCACCGCAUUCGCAAAAAGGUGUCAAUGUCUGGUCCCCUUUUUGCAGAAAGAGUUGUCCAGGUUUUGCGUGGUAAAUCAAAACCAGGAGGCUUUUGGAUAAUACAUGUUAGCGUUGAGGUAACGUUACUAAAGAAAACGACUUUUAGCUCUUGUCAAAAACGAUAUUCGACUGCCUUAUACAAAAUACACUGAACAACUAACUCACUUCAGGUAAAUUUUAUCGUAAGUAAACCGGAGAGUUAUACAAAAAGUAAUUCUUAGUCACUCCCGAACAAAGAGCACCUCCGA